AUGCGCCAGGUGCAGAAGCCCGGCGGCUUAAACGGUGCGAAAACCGGCGCACCAAAGGCUGUGGAGGAGGGCCGCGAGACGGCCAAGCCAACCCACAGUGACCGUGCAUUGGAGGAAGCAGAGGCGAAAGUGCCUCUCCUUGGUUCAGAUGUGGCCGCGCCCACAAUCGGAAUCGCCAUUGGCACUCAGGUAGUUGACCGAAGUGUGAGCCCGUGGGGUACUGCUUGUGAUGGUGCCCGAGCUCUGUCAGUGAUUGGCGCAGUUUUCAUCGUUCUGCUUCUUGCUGUGAUUGCCGGUGUUGUCUUUCUGGUGAAGCCGAAUGGGACGGAGCCUUCAGCACAAAGCCUGCGAAAGGGGACGCCUGAGGCGCGACGAGAGCAUGCGCAUGAUGCGCAUGCUUCAAUGCCCCGAACGACAGUUUCCUCUGAAGCCGCGGACUCGCACGGCCAUCAGCAAAGUCUCUCCACGAGUGUGCAGAAGCAGAUCAUCGCCGCAAGCCAUGCCAGCCCGCAGCGGCUCACCACGAGCCAACCACAGGUGCACGAACACGGCCCUUCCGAAACGCGGCCAAAGCAGAUCAAGCAUGCGAAGGUCGUGCCGCCGUUUUCGACACGGAUUGGUGAGGCUGAGCAUGCUGGUGACUUCAACUGCAACGAGGAUGAGGUGUCUCAUCUGCGGUAUUGGUCUGCUGAGCACGUCGAGUACUGCUGUGUAAAUGCGGACAUUGGCUGCGAUGUGCUCCCCGCAGCUGGAGAGUGUGACAGCCCAGAUGCUCUGACUGAAUGGACCUCCUGGGCAGAUACCUGCAACAAGUGCGGUGGUGGAGUCAAGACACGACGACGCAGGUUCGCCGCUGACUUUUCUCACUGCGAAGUCAGCCCGCAGAGCAGGAGAGUGAAGUUUCUUGACACGAUGCCUUGCCAUGAAGCGAGCGUUGAAGAAUUCGUGUCAGCGUGGUCUGGAUGGGGUGACUGCAGCGUCACCUGUGACGACGGAUACCGGGAGUUUGCGAACUGUACCACGCUCACAGCGGGCACCAUGUGUGAGCCCUUCCUGGAAAGUCGACUGCUGUUCUGGAUGGAUUCACUGCCCGAGCUCGGUCAUUGCAACAAAGUUCGACGAACACGUUCUUCCUCCAGAGCCUUGGAUCCAGGACGAGAGGAGCUGAUAACUGAGUACUUUGCUCCAGGCAGAAAAAUUCUUGAGCUGCCUCUGGACAAUGGCGGGACGCUGCAGGUCACAGCUCACAAGGCUUCCGAGAGCCAGGCUCCACCUGGAGCACCCGCGGGUUCCUUUCAGGAAUGGCGCUGCCUUCGUUUCCUUCGCAGCGGAGGUCUCAUACAGAGUGUGACGAAGGUGGUCGUCUAUCCAAACGACGACCAGCUUCCACGGAUUCAAGGCCAUGUGGUGCCACUGGCCUACACCAAGUCUUUUGCCACCGUCGUCCUGGCUGCUUUGUCAGCCAUGGGUGCCCCGGUCUUGCCAAGAAAGGCCAUGAAGGCCAAGGAGCCCUUGCGCAUCCUUUGUAUUGGACUGGGUGGUGGCACUGUUCCGUCUUUCUACGCGGAGAGCCUACCUCACUGCCAGGUCGAUGUCGUCGAAUUGGAGCCUGCUGUGGUGCACGCUGCUAAGGAGGGCAUGGGCUUUCGUGAAUGGCCGAAUCUGAAGGUGUUCCUGGAGGACGGGGUCACGUUCGCACAGAAGAAGGUCCAGGAAGGAGCCCCAGACGCUGGAGUCUACGAUGCUGUUCUCGUCGAUGCAUACGAUCCAGACGGAAACGUACCUGAAGCUUUGUGGAGCAGGGGCGAGGGCUUGGUUGAAGCCCUUUCCAAUGGCCUCCUACGGCGUUGUGGCGUUGUGGCCACCAACUUUCUGCCACAUGUUGAUUUGGCAGCCCCAUUAGCGGCGUACGGCGGGGCCUUGAGUUCGCAUGGCUCCGGCAGAAGCUUUUCCAUUCAGGUCAACAAACCUGUCGACCCAGAGAAUGACUUGGAGAAGAUAUUUGAUGUUGAAGGUACAGGCAACCGUAUUGCAGUCCACAUCUGCGGAGCUCCGCCAGAACUGGCCGAGGGUCCGCUGUCAUCCCUGGAGGAUCGGCUCAAAGUGGAGGCCAAGAAGGUUGGAAUGGCAACCGGCUGUGUUUGGGACAUGCCUGACCUGGCUUGCCUCUUGCCUCGACUCGAGCGACCGUCGGUGAAGAGAGAAAGAAAGACAGAGAGACGUAGAGAUGAUAGUUAG